AUGAGUGAUGACCGUGAAGAGAGUAAUGACUUUACUAUAGAGAUACUGAAGGAAGCACAAGCAAAGGUGGCACUUCAUAUACGCAAUGAAAAGAAUCUAAAGCAUGUGGGUGUGGCUGUACGACGUCCUCGCGUCCGUGCAUCGUGCAUCAAGGGUCAGGUAGAUGAAGAUAUUAAGCAAUGGGAAUUACUGCUCUUUUCGUUUUCCGACUCAAGCGAAUUGACCAAUCUAGAGUCACUGCUAGUACAAUUGUCACCUUCUACGUGCUAUCUAUCAGCAGAACUCGAACGGACAAAGAGCGUCGGCGAUAGCAAGAAGCUACACGCGAUGUUGCAGACCCACGAGGUAGCUCGAGUCUAUAUGAAAAAGCAGUUAUUUAGUGACGUUAGUGGCAUUGAGACUAGUGUGAGAAGACUAUUAGGAGAUAGUAUGAUGGCCGAGUAUCAUGACAUUCUUGCUUCCAAGGUAGCUGCUGGAUCUUUGGCCUGUUUACUUGAAGCGCUUGGCGUCAUGACAGAGACUGAUGCCUUUGGCUGCUAUACGCUGAGUGAAGGGAAUCUCUCAUCUUCUAUGCAGCUAGAUUCUGCUGCUGUGUGGUCGCUGAAUUUGUUGCCAGAUCCGAGCGCCACCACGACGGGAGCGGUAAGGUUUGGAGGCAGUGUUUUGGAGAUUCUAAAUCGAGGAAAGACACCCAUGGGCCGACGACUGUUAGAACGCUGGAUUCGGCAGCCACUAGUAGAUGUCAAGCAAAUUGAGACACGACAGAGUCUCGUGCAACUGUUUGUGGAUGACUCGUCGUUGAGGAUGGAGCUGCUGGACGAGUGUAUGAAAGCUCUACCGGACUUGGGUCGACUGGCGGUCAGUUUGGAAAAGAAAAAGCAUGCAAAGAUCACAGACCUUGUAAGCGUAUACGACGCUGCCGUUGGUACUAUGCCGCGCGUUUGGAACCUCUUGAAAGACACGAGUGCUGGUGGUGAUGACAUUUUAGCAAACAUAGUGAAGAAAAAAUUUGCUCUUCCGUUGAAAAAGAUGUUGACGGACCUGCAAGGCUAUACGGAGCUCGUGGAGGAGGUUGUGGAUCUAGAUAGCCGUCCAACUCUCGUGGUGAAUGCUAAGCAUGACGAGAAUCUUCAGAUUCUGCGCGAGGAGUGGAAUGGCAUCCUUGCGGACAUUGAGGAAGAACACCGAAAUGCACUGGACGUCAUUGGUGGUGAGAUCAAGUGCGAAAAAGAUAAGGUUCGCGGUUUUGUUUUUCGUGUUAUAAGCAAAAAGGAAGAAGCGCGUUUGUCCAAGCUACCAAAUGUUCACAUCUGUCAGGUACUUGUGAGUGGAGUGCAAUUCACGACGACUAAGCUGAAAGCGCUCGCCGCAGAUUACUGUCGUAUACGCGGUGAAUAUGAGGAACGACAGGCUCAUUUACUGAAUGCAGCAAUUGACGUAGCCAGUACCUACGUACCUGUACUUGAGGCGGCAACUGCGACACUGGCUGAGUUAGAUGUGCUGCUUGGGUUUGCACAUGCUGCAUGCCAUGCUGGCUCGGGAUAUUGCCGUCCUACGCUAGAACAGAAUGGUGACUGUGUCGUGCUCACCAGCGCACGUCACCCAUGUGUGGAACUGCAGGAUGAUGUGGACUUUAUUCCAAACGAUUACAACUUUGCGCGCAAGGAAUCGCGCUUUCAGCUUGUAACGGGGCCUAACAUGGGCGGUAAAAGUACGUACAUUCGCCAGUUGGGCACCAUUGCAGUGAUGGCACAAAUCGGUAGCUUUGUACCGGCCGAAGUCGCUCGAUUGCCCGUAUUCGACAAGCUACUAGUUCGUGUUGGCGCAGGUGACCUGCAGCAGCGCGGCGCGUCUACAUUUAUGCUUGAAAUGCUGGAGGCGUCUGCCAUUCUGCACAAAGCCACGGAACGCUCGCUUGUGAUAAUUGACGAGCUGGGUCGAGGCACAUCCACAUACGAUGGCUUUGGAUUGGCCUGGGCCAUCUCUGAGUACCUCCUUACGAAGGCACGCUCAAUCUGUCUUUUUGCAACGCACUUCCAUGAGCUGACAGCACUAAAGCAAGAGCACCCUCACGGCUUUGCAAACAAGCACGUCACGGCCGUGGCCAACGAUAGGGCAAUCACUAUGGUAUACCAGGUACGUGAUGGCCCAUGCAUGGAGAGUUUUGGCAUUCACGUUGCAUCCAUGGUAGGCUUUCCUCCCUCAGUAAUCCAAUGCGCUAGACGAAAGAGCCAGGAGCUCGAAAGCUUUGAGCGUGCCAUAAGCAGUCAAGAACCAAAUGGAGCUGAUACAUCGGUUAAAAGGUCAGCAAUGGAUGCGUUACUACCCGAGAAUGGACAAUCUCCUUUGAAGAAAUUGGCAGUGGAUCAUGGAUUCCUGUCCGCAUUUGCAGCUCUUCCUCUCGACAAAUUGACACCUACAGAAGCUCUUCGUGCUGUGCGCCAGCUUGUUCCCUAA